AUGGGGUCUACACGCGUUCCGAGUCAUGGCGGCCAGCAGCAGGACGACGGGAUGUAUCGAAAUACAGAGCCCGAAGGUCUGCAGGUGGCGCAGUCGGGGGUUGAAUCGCCCACGGCAGCAAGACCCCCGACCAAAUCGAUUCCUUCCGCGAUUUCUUCUACGACUUCUUCUUCUUCUUCUUCUUCGGCGACUGUGACCUCGGAGACGCCCAGCGGCGUGGCCGAGGAUCCCUGCCCGUCCGCGAAUCAAACAACUUAUACAUCAUCAUCCACAGGAGGAGCCCUUUUCCUGCUCUUCUGUGAUAUCGACUGGCCAGCAGGCGAGGCCGCUGCUGACGACAAUGGAACCGUCAGCGACCUGGGCGCUUACACUCUUAUACACGCUGGAAAGCUGCAUCGACAAGUGAGGUGUCGGUGCGGCGAUAGUAGGCAGCUGCUGAAGCUGACAGACGUCACUGCGGAUCGGAUCCCCCACCCAUACUCCCCAUUAUCUAUCUCUCGAUAUACUGCUACUGCUCCUGCUUCAAUCGUCUCACGCAAUCUGGCGUCUCUGUCUGCGUCUGCGUCUGCGACUUGUCGUCGCCGUCUCCAGCAUCACCUACGACACAUCAUAUCCAGCAGCAGCAACAGCGUCCGCGUCCGCAACAUGGCGACAUCAUCAUCGGCCGACCCAGCCCCCGCUCCCUGGCGCCACGUCUUUGAAGAGCACAUCUCCAAGCUCGAAGACCCCUACUUCGCCGUCUCUACCGUCGCGCGCGACCCGGCAACCAGCGCAGCCGUCCCCCGCGUGCGCUACUGCGGCUUCCGCGGCUUCUUCGGCGAGCUGAAGCUGCACCCGCUGGCGGAGAAGCAGCUGGAGGAAGAAGACGGGGGGAAGAACCCGUCCGUGUUCGAGAGCGACAUGCUCUCGUUCACGACGGACGUGCGCAUGGGCAAAGUCGAGCAGCUGACGCAGCAAUCUGACGGCGCGAUCGAAGUCGUUUUCUGGGUCAAGGAGGCCAUGACGCAGUGGCGGAUGAGCGGGAAGGCGUUCAUCAUCGGCGAUGCGGCGGAGGAGAAGCAUGAGCAGGAUGCGCGGAGGGAGAUUCAGAAGGGUUUGCGAAGGCGGAAGCGGAGAGGUGGUAAUGACGAUGACGACGACGAGAAGAAGUGGACCUGGGAGAAGGAAGUCACCAUGUACUUUGCCAACCACAGUCCUAUCAUGAGAGGCACAUUCAAAAACCCAUCCCCAGGCCGCCCCAUCACCGAGGACAGCGGCGAUCCAAACCUCAAACUGGGACAAAAAGUCACCGAUCUUCACGACCCCAUUGCAAGGAAGCACUUCCGUGUCGUGGUCAUCCGCGUCGAGGAGGUGGACCGGCUGGAUCUGAUGGACCAUGCAGAGUCGAAGCGCUGGAAAUGGACGUUUGUCAGUGAUGACGGUGGAGCUGGACGGUGGGAGGAAGUGGAGCUGUGGCCGUGA